UUGAGAAACCGAAUUAGAUUUUAAGGCUUGUUCAAUCCUACUUAUACACUGUCCAUGUGUGUGUGCAAGACAAUUGGACAUGUGAAAGGGUUGUCACGCUUGAGCGGUAGCAGUAGGUAGAACCGACGUGCAGCUUUUUUUCUUACAGUUGAAAAAAUUUGUGGUAUAUGACCUGUGACGACAAAUUUUUCGUGUUGAACGUUUAUUAACUCUUUUAGCGUGAUCCCCAUAACAUGGGUACUGUCUACGCUAAGGAGCCUGACACUGUAAAAGCUUUUGACUUCUCAUCUGAAAACAGUGCAAUGGAUGACGAAACAAAAUUUCAUAAAACAUGGAACUGGGGAAAGGACACACCCCUUGCAGAGGAGAAGAAAAAGUCUCAGCCUGUUGUAGAUUUAAAGACCGUUAGGACACGAGUAGACAAAGUUCACAUUGAUGGACUUUGUCGUACGAAAAAUGAUAUUAUCAAAUCACAAGUUAAGGAACUAUUCAAAGCUCAGGAUUUUGAGGAUGUUAUUAUAAAUACUUACACAGUGCUUAAUAAACUGAGGUCUCUGGGAUGUUUUAAAAAUAUUGAAGUUUAUAUUGAUGCUAGUCAUGGUCCUGGUGCAACACCAGAAGGAGUAGAAGUCACAUUCACAGUUAAAGAACUAAAGAGAAUAAUGGGUAGUAUACAAACAAUGGUUGGGAAUAAUGAAGCUUCUCUUUUGAUUGGAGCAAAAACUCCAAAUUUAUUUGGUAGGGGUGAGAGACUUCAAAUGGAGUACUCAUAUGGUCAUAAAAACUCUUCAAAUAUUAAUAUUUCUGCCAUCAAACCAUUUUUUACUGGCAGACUAAACAAAAUAAUAACAACGAGUAUUUAUACUACAAAGUCUGAGUUCCCCUGGUCUGGUUACAAAGAGAGCGACAAAGGUUUCCUAUUAGAUUUUGCAUUUAAUGGUAAUUCAUUAGGCACCAUCAAGCAUCACUUUCAGUAUGAAGCAGCUGUAAGAGACUUGGCUGCAACCAAACAAGUAACAUUCAAAGUAAGGGAACAGUGUGGUCCCACUUUGAAAUCAUCUCUUAGACAUAUUUGCAGAUUGGAUAAGAGAGAUGAAAAAAUCUUUCCAUCUACUGGAACUCUUCUGCAGUGCACAACAGAAUUUGCUGGACUUGGAGGAAAUAUUGGUUUCUUCAAAAAUGAAUUAGCAUUUCAAACAAAUUGGUCACCACAUGAAUGCCUUACUUUCCAGUUAGCUGCUCAAACUGGUUUUCUUAGAGGGAUCAAUAACGAUAUGAAAAUAAGUAUUGCCGAUAAUUUCUUCCUUGGUGGACCAUUAGGCGUCAGAGGUUUUGAAAUGAGGGGUUGUGGACCUAGAGAAGAAGGAUUUGCUCUUGGUGGAAAUACAUAUUGGGCUGCUGCAUUACACUUCUAUACUCCGUUGCCGUUUAGGCCAGGCCGAAAUAGUUUCGGAGACUUAUUUAGGUUACACGGGUUUAUUAAUGGCGGCAAUGUCAAAAAUACCUUGUUAACGUUUGGAGGUAGUUAUGAAGAAAAUCUAACAAUGCUUACGAAAAAUCUACGCUGUGCAGCUGGUUGUGGUAUUGCUAUGAAACUCGGAAACAUUGCGCGGGUAGAGCUUAAUUUUUGUCUCCCAUUAAAGUUCUUGAGAACUGAUGUACAGCAACCAAUACAAUUAGGUCUAGGAGUUGAGUACUUAUAAAAUAAAAUACGUAUAAUAAUUCAGUUAAAAGUAGAACGCGGAUUCAUCAUAUUUUCGUUCCUGCGUCACUUAUUUUCAUGAGUCCUUGUUCAGAACAGAAGAAUAAAAAAAAUAGAAUAACAAUUUGUUGAACGAUCAAAAAAAGAAUUAUUUCAAUAUCUUCUUAUUUUUGUUUAAAAAUUCAGAGCUUAGUUAAAAUAGAAUAAUGCAUUUAUAAAUAAUUAGUUUCAUCAAAAGUUUUUGUUCAACGCUUAUCUUAUAGAUCGACGCGUGGAUUAUAUAUUAAAUGUUUUAAAUGUUUCGGCUUUGACAACAGAUUUUUCUUUCAAAACGAUGUGAACAUCAUAUCUUGAAAAUAUAUAGUUUUCUUAUUACUUGUUAUGAUUUGCUUGCACGAAGAUAAUUAACUGUGAAUAAUGAAAUUCUUAGUGACGAUUCGAUACGAUAUUUGUCAGCAAGUGUACAAGGUGUAAAGGCGUACGAAAAGAUGUAAUACUAUAUCUUAGUAUAAACUGCCGGAAACGUAAAAUUUUUUAGAAUAUAAAAACAUCAUAAUUUUUCAUUUUGAACCUAAACAAAGUGAUAAUUAGUGAAACAUUUUUUAUUGUACGAACGCAGCAGUUAUGUGCUUGAACAAAGUCUAUAUACAACUACAAGUCAUUAUCCCCCCCUCCCCAAAUGAAGAAAAAGGCAAAUGUAGUCUCACGAAUUCGUUGCCGAUGUUGCAUCAUGCUAUUAACUAUACAAGUGUUAGCGCAGAGCGCGACAAGUUUAGGGCGUGUAACGGGCAGAAUAAAAGAGAGAGACCCGAUAUAUUUUCCAAUGUAGGGUGUGGAUUACAUCUUAUUACAAUCUGCAUUUGAUUGAAAAUCGCAUCGUUCAUAUUACGAACAAAGUGUUCACGAAUAAUAGUACAUAUGUUUUUUUAUUUGUGAUUCGUCACGAUUAUCAUGGUUUCUUUCAUUAAAAAGCCUUUUUCAAAAAUUUCCAAUUUCCUUGCAAUGUUUCCAAAUCGUUUACGUUCAUCCCUAUACUCCGCGAUAAUUGCAGCGGGAAAUUCAAUUUUCUGUGGUUUGUUAUGUAGAAGAAACAAUAUAUUUAUAAAUA